UCCAAUUUGACCAGCAUGCGUUCAUUGGGCGUUCUAGGUGUAGCACUACAUGUCUCUCUGCUCAUACUGCUGACUCAAGGAAUUCACAAAUCUAGAGAUGGAGUUUAUCACGGGACAUCACGACGCUUUGCUAUAGACCACCGUCCACCUGGAUACCAUCACCUGGCACCGAAGUAUAUGAUGCACCUUUACCGGAAUUACAAGUCAAAUCUCACUCGGCCUAUAGACGUAAUGGAGAAGAGCAUCGCAAAACAAGCAGACACAGUCAAGAGUGUGAUGGCAAAAAGUUUAUUUCACAGAUCCCGACGCUGGACUGCAACCUUUGACCUGACCACGUUAUUGGCCGACGACCGGAUCCAAGCAGCGGAGCUCAGGUUCAGGUUUCCCCGGGCGACGAGGGCUUCCAACAUUACCGUGGAGAUCUACCAUCACCACGACUACCCGUGCAGGCAGACACAGGAGAUCUGCCAGGAACACCAGCUGGUGGGAUAUCUCUCUGUCUCCUCUGUGAUUAACUCCUCUCAGCACUGGAAGGUGUACAACCUCACUGAUCCGCUGUUGAACUGGCUCGGCCAGGAACAGGUUUCCAGGAGCUCAAUGAAGAGGAGAUCACCAAACAAGACAAAGAGAGAUGUGUUCUUCCCCAACCCUGUCCAGUUGGCUGGGUCUACAAGACAGCAGAACCCUUUCCAGUUGGCUGGGUCUACAAAACAGCAGAACCCUGUCCAGUUGGCUGGGUCUAAAACACGGCAGAGUCCGUGUGUGAGCGACAGAGCCUUGCUGGUUGUAUUCUCUCAUACAGGGUCAGAGGAGGGCUCCCAGGCCAAGGCUAGCCUCCUCCACACGGCCGAACAGUCCAAGUUCCUGUCCACCACCGAGCCCAAGAAGAUCCGCAGGCCGAAGAGACACAAGAAAAAAAGAGGCCACUCAGACCAGAGGGAUCCACCGGACAUGAGAGGUCCAGAGGUGUCCAGCGGAAACAAUGAGAUUGACCUAUCUCUCUGUCGAAGAGUUGAUAUGCAUGUAGACUUCAAUCAGAUAGGCUGGGGGUCCUGGAUCGUCUUCCCAAAGAAGUAUAAUGCCUAUCGAUGUGAGGGGAUCUGUCCAAGUCCUUUGGGAGAAGACUUGCACCCAACAAAUCAUGCUUACAUGCAGAGUCUCCUAAAACACUACCACCCUGAGCGGGUUCCCUCGGUGUGCUGCGCCCCCACCAAGAUGAGUCCUCUAAGCAUGCUGUAUUAUGAGAAUGGAAAAAUGCUGCUUCGCCAUCACGAAGAUAUGGUUGUGGAUGAAUGUGGCUGCCUGUAGCCUCUGUCACAGGAUUUAACCUGACCUUCAGUAAAGAAACGACCGGAGCAAAUCCUGGGGACGUCUUCUCACAACUGCUUGAGAAUGAGACUAGGCUACCACUCAUCUCCUUCGGAAACACACAACAGAGGGUUCCGGAAACUUUAGAGGGGAAUUUCACUGACAGAACUAUUAUCCAAGAGUCUGUAUCAGAUGGUUGAAAACAAUAAGAAAACACUUUGUGUUAGUUCUUUGAUUAUUGUGACUGUGCACUCCUCAAGCAGUAUGGCAGAUGUCCUGUAUGUUUAGAAAGCCUAGAUAUAUACAGUAUGGAUUUUCUCUCAGAAUGUGACUGAUUUUAUGUUACUGAUUUUAGGAAUCAUUAAGCGGACCUGCCAUUUCAUUAUAAGUCAUAGGAAAUGGUGUUGUUCACCAUUUAAGCACUGUUUAUACUAUAGUAUACACCUACUGGGUGUAACAGA